AUACCAACAUAGUUCAUAUUUAAUUAAUUGUUUUUGUUUAUAUAAAUCAUUUUGAAAUUCAUAGUAGUAUAUUUAUUUGCAUUGUGUAUAUUUAGUAGGAAAUUUAUGAAACACCAAAUGUACAUUCAUUUUUAUGUGUCAUCUAUUUUGCUAUUGUAUUUAUGUGUAUCGUACAGUGUAUGUUAUGUACUGUACUUACGUUUAAACACAGUAAAUAAGAAACCCAAUGUUAGUGGUAUUAUAUACAGUAUUUUGAUUAGUGAUCCAGGCAGCUGUUGGUUGCGCUUUGUGAUGUUUUACAGCAUUUUUUUAUGCUUGAUUCCCACAGAAUGAUAGCAAUAUCACUCAGUAUAUCAUUGAAUAUAAUACUGUAUAACAUUUAUUCAAUGAUGAAAAUAAAACUAAUACUCUAGGCCUAUAUUUUUUUGUUCCCCAUCGUAAUUUAUUCCUCCUCCUUUUGGAGUAAAUCAGUUUUAAUCCUUCUUUUUUGUUUUCAAGUUGCUUUUAUUUGGGUUAAACUGCUGUCCGUAAUCACAAAUGGGUAUGAUCAAAGUAAUCGUUGUACCAUUGAUAAGAAUAUUGUUAUAGGGAAAGAAAUGCGAUGUGUUAAAGACCUCUCUAGUAAAUAACGAUAUUGCAGGGCUCAAUAAUAUUAUCAAUUUUUUUUUUUCAUAUCUAACGAGUUUCAUGUGGUAAUUCAAUGUGUAAAUCAGAAAUAUUUAUACUUAAAGCGGGGAUGGUUCCAAUGGAAAUCUUGGCACGUGGGCACGAAGCAAUGGAAGCUUUUAAUGAUGCUCUAGCUGAGGGAGAAGCAGAGGUUAAUCAAGGAAGGACAGUUUUUAUGGGCCUCGAGAGAGUCGGCAAGACUUCUACUAUCAAGUCAUUUUUAAGGAAUACUUUUGAUCCAAAUGAGGGUAUUACGGACGCAAUUGCCAACACAACGGUGUGUACCCACGAAAUGCACGAUGAAUUGAAUUGGAAGGAAACAUCACCUGAUCAAUCUGGCACCAAUAGCAUGUAUGAAGCGAAAAUGGCGGAUUCAAUAGCGAAGAAAAUAUUUGAAAAGGCAAAUGAGGAGAACGUAGAAGUAACAGAACAAGGCCUGUUAUCACCAGCUAAAGCAGAGACUAAAUACAAUAGGGGGCAAUCAUCAAUAAAUACAGACGUCAGAACCCCGAAAAUCGAACCAAAUAUUAAAGAAAUGACAGAGACAAAAUCGAUGGAAGAGGUCCCAGAAAACAUCGCAAGUAAAGUUCAGAAUGUACUCAAGUUCACGAGAGAUGCGACAAGUGACUGGAAAAAAUCUGGCAACGAUUUUAUAAUGAACAUCUGGGACUUCGGAGGCCAACCGAUUUAUCACGUGAUACAACGAAUUUUCAUGGUAUCUUUUGCCGUCGUUUGUGUGGUAUUUAACCUAGAAGAUGAUCUUGACGCCCCCGCUAAUGUCAGGGAUCCGACUACCGGUGAAAUGUAUCAACAUCGAAUGACAUAUCUUCAGUUUAUUCUUUAUUGGAUUCGUUCAGUUUACACCAACAGUAGAGAUUCAGAAUUGGAUGAUGGGCAACUUUCACCGCCAGUACUAGUGAUUGGUACGCACUUAGGCAGCCUCGAGGGGAAUGAAGAGGAAAAGAAAAGAAAGGCUGAAGAAAUAUUCAAUAAAAUUCGGAAAGCAUUGGAAGGAAAACCUUAUGAAGCAUUGGUGUUCCCUACUUUCUUUGCUAUUGAGAACAGCUUACCGUUUGCCAAGAGCAACGCUUCUAACAUCAUGGACCAAAUAUUAAAGUUCGCAAAGAAGAUGGUUAGAAAACUACCUUUAAAGUGGUUGCUUGUUCAACAGGAAAUCCAGAAGUUGAAAGUAAAGCAUAUCUAUCUACCAACCAAAAAGGUGAUUGCUUUGGUUGAGCGGUGUGGGGUCAAACAAGACGCUCAAAGGGUGCUGCUUGAGUAUUUACACGACCUUGGUGAGAUUCUUUACUUUCCUGAUGACAAAGCCUUGAGGGAUAUUAUUGUUUUAGAUGUCAUGCAAUUAGUCGACAUGCUUAAAACAAUAAUCACCGUUAUCGAUCCAAAGUUUAUGAAACCAAAGCACAGAGAAGCCUGGAGGAGAUUGGACAAGGGGAUCCUAGAGGAGCAUCUGUUAAGACACCUAUGGAAGGAGUUCAAUUUUUCAGAUGAAACGUUCGACUUCUUUGUAUCUCUCAUGCAGAAGUUUGGGCUGGUGUGUGAGAAAAACAUUACAAUGGGUGGUGAACGUCUUUUCUACGUUCUUUCACGCUUGCAGCCUAAACGAAUAGAUGCCACACAAAAUAAGGAUUACGGGAUUCGGGCAGUUUCUAUCUUUCAUGAUUUUGGUCGCUAUCUACCUGAUGAUCUUUUCCAGCGGGGAGUAACUAAGUUCAUUGAGAGAUUCCAAGUAAAAGACGAUGAGCCUAAACUCUCUUAUGAGCAUGUGGAGUUGACUAUCGAUGAACUUCACAAAGUGGUUAUGAGUGUAGCCUCAAUCAAGCAUCGUCGUAUGUUUAAGACAACAAUCAUCAGACGAAAAAUCUUCAAUGCCGCUGAGCUUACCCAGGAAGACGAACCAUCGCCGAUAGUGUGUAAGAAGGUGUUGACAUUCCUCGAAAGAGAACUAAAGAUAUUUUGUCAGAGCGGUGCAAGGGGCGUGGAAUUAACAAGGUACAUUGCUUGCGAUUGUAGGAACGCUCACAUGCAUAUUGUGCGCCAAUUUGACAUGGAUGUGUUGCCAUGUGGAAGCAAUGGAAUGGAAGUGACGCGCUACCGCCGACUAUUUGAAGAUGACGUGCAACAACAAGUCCAGUCCCGUUGGAGAGUUUUUGUUGCUCAUUUAGGCACAAUGGCUACAAAUAUGUUUAACCGUCUCUUUGCUCACAUACAACAAAAGCAAGGUUUUGUAGAUGACGCCAUAAUUGCGACUGUGUCUGAGGAAAUGAACUGCAGCUGGAAAUGUUUUGGUGUGCGUUUAGGUGUUUCAUGGGUUGGAGUUAACCGGUUUUGUGCUGAGGAACGGCGGGACUCACAAAAAGCUAUCGUUAAUAUGAUGAAGUAUUGGAGAAACAAUGUCAAAAAUGAAACGCAUCAACUAAAAGUGUUGUGCAUUGCUUUGAGGCAGCACAAAUACAAGAGACUAGCUGGGGAAUUAUUCAGUGGUGAUCUCGGCAACGAAAUUCUGACCUUAGCCAAACAUGAAGGAUACUUGGCUGAUGUUGACUUGUUAUUCGUCGCCGAGAGACUUGGCGUGGACUGGAGAGCGUUUGGUAUCGACAUUGGUCUGAAGGAUCGUGAAAUACAAUAUAUUGAGAUGAGUUUUCCACCACCACCUAUUGUAGACACCAUUUUAGAAAUGUUGGUUGAGUGGCGUGAAAAGCAGGAACCUCAAGAAAACCACCUUGCAAAGAUGAGUAAUAAGCUGGAAGCUUUCGGAAAACAAGACACAAGUGAAGAACUCAACAAUUACUACCAGGAAAAAUAUCAGUAAAAAUGAAUGGAAGUAAAAUAAUUAGAAGGGUAUGUGUAGAAUGUUGAUAUGGGUACACAUUUAAAAGAAUGAACAUGAAACUCAACUGUGUUCAAUAAAAUAUACCGUGACAUACAGUAAACCCCAAAUAAAAGUCCUGGGAUUCUA